AAAUGCUAAAAAGGAAGAAUUUUUAGUCCAGUCCUGUCUUGUGUUGGAUUUUUAAUAUAAGAUUUCCAGAUUACGUGUUGCUCAUCUACAGUUCCAGUUUCUUGAGGAGGCUACAUUAUAUCACUCUCUAGUCUCUGCCUGCCUGGGGACAACACAACAACAAUGGCAGAUUCGGCUUGUCUUAUGCACGCUUUCUCUUAUGCAUCUGCGGUGCCCAAUGAAGCCAAACAGGGGAAUCCUAUGCACGCCUUAGGGGAAUCCAUUUCUUUUGGGAGGUUUAUGUCUGAGUCUUUAGCUUGGGAGAAAUGGUCGACCUUCUCUCACAACAAGUAUGUUGAAGAGGCUGAGAGGUAUGCUCGCCCUGGCUCUGUUGCCCAGAAGAAAGCUUUCUUUGAAGCUCAUUACAAGAGAAUUGCUGCCAAGAAAGCUGCUGCUUUGCUUCAACAACCAAAUGAUUCCGGCCAAAACCAAAACGACCAUGCCGGAGACGAAGCCGUUGAAAACAUUCACAAUGAAGACCCCCCUAAUAAUGAUGAACACAGUUCUGUUACAGUUGGUGGUGAUGAAGACUGUAAACCUGAAACUGAACAGGUGAAUCUCAAGGCAGAAGAAGCUAAAGCUCUUCCUCGUGUGGAGAUUCCGGCGCCGCCGGCGGUGGUUGAUUUGUCAAAACGGAAUCGGCAUGAGGCGGCUCAAGAAACAGCUUCUGGGUCAGAGCUAAGUGAAACGCCUCAAAUGGAGAGACCUUUGUUAAAGAAUUCUUGUUCCACCAAGGAAGAUGAUGAGGAUGAAGUUUCAUCAGCUCCUCCUCCUCCUAUCAAGAAAAGAUCAGCUCUUUCUUCACUCAAGACAUCAAUUCAUGGCAAAACAUCCAGAAUUCCAUCAACUCCUGCUAUGCCCUAUACCUACCCUCACCUCAACAAAGAAAAUAUGAUCACUCCAAUAGCUCCAAUCAUGAAAAGUUAUGGAGCAGUCUCCAUUGGUGUAACAAAACCAACUUCAAAAUCUCUUAGCUCCUUGUUAAAUCUCACUCCUGCAGCUAAAGAACCCGAUAUCGCGCCUCCACUUGCCAAGGAGACUUCUCAGGUUGCUCCUAUUUCUACCAAGAAUUGUCCAACACCUCUCAUGACUCCUAUGGCAACUUCAAAUGGUUUAUCAAAGCUUUAUUCAGCUACCCCAGCUACAGAAAAUGGAAGGACAAAAACACCGGUUAAUCCCCUACCUUCAGGAAGUAAAACAUCUGCCCCAAAAUGGCACCUCUUAACAUCAGUUUGCUCCAAGUCUUUAACUGCAUGCCGGAAUAAACUGCAAUCCCCUAAUUUAUCAACAACCCCUUUUCGCCUGAGAACUGAAGAAAGAGCUGCAAGAAGGAAACAAAAACUGGAAGAGAAAUUCAAUGCCAAGGAGGAGGAGGAGGAGGUACACAAGGUUCAUCUGCAAACCAAAUUAAAGGAGAAAGCAGGAACAGAGCUCAGAAAACUUGGACGAAGCCUUUGUUUCAAAGCCCGCCCUCUUCCUGACUUCUAUAAGGAAAGAGAAACAACAAAGAAUCAAAGCGCAAAGGAGAAUCCAGUGAUACAUCCUCAGCCACUGAAACUCGGAAAAAAGACCUCUUCCACCAGAUUGCCAGCCACAAAGAGUAGUAGUGGAGCUUUCAAGAAUGCCGCUAAGACAAACGACAAAAGACCAACUGUUUCUGUUACUUCACCACGGUCACUAGCGUAGCGUCGACAAUACCUACAUCUCCAAGCUGAGCUCUUAUAAUAUAUACUGCAAUGCUGACUUGUUGCAGAACUGUAUCUCUUAUUUAAUUCUUAAAAUACAAGUAGCCAGGAACCUUAAUUAAUUAAUAUUGUGUCCACUCUGAAUGCUUGUUUGCCAUGGAUUCUUGUCUUGUAUAUCACUUAGCAUUGUAUUAGAAGAGGGAGGAGAGAUAUGUACAAACUGAAAA